UACAACGUUAGAACAGGAGACAUAGAUUCCAAAGUGUUCCGACCAAUUGGACGGAGGAAAUGGCGUACCAGCGACAUGUAGGAGGAAGUAGACGUAUGCAGCAACAGCUAGAUAAUAAUUCUACAGAAGAGGAUGAUAGUAUAGGGAAUAGCAUUCCCUCAUCCCAUUACACCCAUUAUGACAGCAGAUCAAGAAAUAUCAAUCGAAGAAGGCAAUAUGAUAAUCCACAUGGACGAUCUUAUAGGCCAGAUGGACAGCGAAAUGCCAAAGUGGGUUUCGCUGCAGCUGGUGUUGCUUUUUCUGGUGGAGUAGGCCUUGGCCAUCUAGUGUGGGGCCCAGCUGGUGCUGUAACACCCAUGACAGUUGCUGCAGGCUCUGGAGUAGCAGUUCCUUUAUCUGGUGCAAUUACAAUUGGAGCAGGCACAGCUGGUGGUACUGCAGCUGCAACUGGCGGUGCUUUAGCGGGAGGCUCUGCAUUAGCAGCUGAAAGUGCUGGUGCUGCUGUUGUAGCUGAAGGUGCACUUGCAGGUGCAGCUGAGGCUGGAAUCUCUGGUGCAGGGUACAUAGGAGCAGCUUCCCUAAGUGUUGGGACUGUCCUUGGUGUUGCAGCAAUUGCAAUAGGAGUAAUAAGUGUUGGCUACCUUAUAUGGGCAGCCUUCAACUAGGCUUGUAUUUCAAAAAAAGUGAUAGAGGCUUAGUAGGAAUAUAUCUUUUAUGCAUGGUCUGUUUUAAAUACAUGUGUUAUCCCUCUGGAGAUACACAUAUUUACCUUGGGAUAAACAUUGCUAUCUAAAACCUCCAAGUACAUAAUCCUUAUAUACAGUGUAUAUACAUAUUGUUUCAUAUAAGCCUCCAUAAAUCUCCACAAUAUCACAGAGCCCAUAUCUUUGAAAACUGCAGCAUCACAAACAUGAAAUGGCAAUAUGAUAUAAUAGGCUUAGAAUGAACUUCUAAGCACUACUCAGUACAUUUAGAAAAACUGUGUACUUACUUAUUUUGGGGAAUUCUCCUUUCCUCUUUUUUGUCAUUGGUGAGUCUUUGUCUUCUAGCUGCCA